AUGAGUCCCAAAAGUGAAGUACUGGUCGCUGCUGUCCUCAUUUUCCUGCUCGCUUGUGUCGAAUGUCAACUGACAUUCUCACCCGAUUGGGGCAAGCGGUCAGUGGGCGUUGGAGGAGGUGGUAGUGCUGGAGUAGCAGGCUCAAGCGCCUUCUUUGAACAGCAAGGCAAUUGCAAGACCUCGAACGAGAUGCUAUUGGAAAUCUUCAGAUUUGUACAGUCGCAGGCACAGCUUUUUCUGGAUUGCAAGCAUAGGGAAUGAGCUGGACAGACUCCGGUCGAGUUGACUUACACAAAUUCACACUAGGCUGUGUAUAUUACACACACCCGCAUCUAUAUACAUACGUAUUUAUUUAAAUAAUUAUGAAUUUCGUAUAUAUUUUAUGUACACGUAAUCGAGGUAGUCGGCAUUUAGAUUUAGAGGAAUUUCUAUAUAUGUUUCGUUUCUCAGUGUAACACUUAACCAUGAGCCUUGCUAAAGCUUAAGAUCACCAAGCGGUGACAAUAAACGGAUAUCAAUUAAGCGCAUACUAAACCUAAA